CAGCUUCCAAGCUAUACGCAGCAUCGAUGUCUUUAUCGGACGCGGAUGCUUACGACUAUCGUGAUGCAGUACCGCGGACAGCCUCCGCCGCGUCGAAUGUUGCUGCGCCUUCGGUGCCGAGAACCCGCAGACUCACUCCAAGCCAGUGUAUAAAAUUCGGUCUUCGAGCUUCACUAAUGCAUCGAUUACAGCUCCCUCUCACACCAUGCAGCUGCCCACUUCCACCUCUGCCAGACCGUGUGGCAUCGUCUACAUUCUACCCGACCUCAGCGAGGCCUAUCUACCCCUCGAGAAGGCCGACAUUCACGUGAAUAUAGUUGAUGUAUCCGCGAUUGUCACUUUUACGCAAAACUUCUGGCAGUACUCGUCCGACGGACUCCAGAAGGCCAAAUAUAUCUUCCCAGUACCUGCCCGAGCCGCUGUCUGCGGCUUUGAGAUGACGACCGAGGACGGCACAGUCAUCGCGGCUGUCGCGAAGGAGAAGGAAGAGGCCAAGCGUGAGCACGAGCAGGCCAUUUCUCAAGGUCGUAUGACGGGCUUGGUCGAGCAAGUAACCGACGACAUCUUUUCGAUCUCUCUUGGAGCACUUCCAAGCCACCAGAUGAUACAGGCUCAGACAACUUAUGUUCUCGACUUGAUGGACGAGGACAUUUCCUACCAGGUCCGACUGCAAAUUCCCAUGUACAUCGGAAUGCGCUAUGGAAACCUUCCGGAGGGUAUGCAAGGCGCAAAACAGAUCUCUCCGCACCGCGUCAGCAUCUCCGCAGAUAUCCAGAUGCAGAGCACUGUGAAGAACAUCACAAGCCCAACCCACCCAACCGUCAUCAUCUCCGAUAGUGGCAGUGCCUACACACUGCGGAAUGCACGCUACAUCUCUGAGGACUUCUUGGCACAGGACUUUGUCUUGUCCGUCACAGCCGAGGGCUUGGAUGCGCCCCGAUGCUUCGCCCAGAAAAUGAAGAAUGGUGCCACGGCGAUUCAGCUGAAUAUUGUCCCGAAGUUCAACUUGCCGUCGAUCUCGAGGCAGGAGUACAUCUUCCUUGUAGAUCGCAGUGGCAGCAUGGACGGAAGCAAGAUCGAGACUGCGAAGAAGACGUUGGUGAUGCUCCUCCGAGCCUUGCCCAGUCAGGGGACCCACUUCAAUAUCUUCAGUUUCGGCAGCCACUGCGAUAGCUUAUGGCCGCAGAGUAUACCAUACGAUGGAAAAACGCUUGACGAAGCUACGCGACACGUCGAUACAAUGUAUGCGAACUAUGGCGGAACUGAGAUUCAAAGCGCGUUACAACAAGUAUUCAACUCGAGGAAGACCGAUAAGCCUACAGCCUGUUUCGUGCUGACUGACGGAGAGACCUAUAAUAUCGAUCACACCAUCUCAACCGUAGAUCUAGCUGUGAAACAGGCCUCCCCGUCUGCACCCUUACGAGUUUUCACUCUGGGAAUCGGCACCACAACGUCUUCCGCCAUGUGCGAGGGUAUCUCACGCGCGGGCAAUGGCGUCUGCCUGAUGGCCACGACGACCGAGAGCAUCAUCGGCAAAUGCUCAAAGCUCGUGCGCGCCAGCCGGACAUACAUCCUCAAGAACGUAUCUGUCGACUGGGGCGUGCACACGAACCUCCUAGAGGCCUACCGCACCGGAAACACAGAGCUCAAGAGCAUCCGGCAGGCACCUGCACAAGUCUCCGCCAUAUACCCCGGGACUAGGCUCAUAGUGUUCGCCUUGAUUGAUUAUCAGAGCUACACGCCUCCCAACGAAGUCAUGAUUUGUGCGCAGCGCGACGGGCAGGGCGAAGUCCUGCAAUUCUCGGUCCCAAUCCAGGUCGUGGAAUUCCCGUCGGACAGUCCUCACGGACGCCUCAUCCCGACCCUCGCGGCUCGUCGAGCCAUCAUGGACCUCGAAGACGACAAUCGCGGACUGCUUUCCCCGGACGUCAAGGCCACCAUUGUCAAGCUGGGGACAGAAUACCAGCUUGCCAGCAGGUACACGUCGUUCGUCGCUGUUGACAGACGGACCAAGGCGGAAGUUGAGCAAGAGCAGCCCCGACAGGAACCAUUCUCAGCGCACCAAGAUCCCGAGAACAAUUUUUUCAAGCCGUUUCCCCAGGCCACCUCUGCAUCGAUCUUUUCCGGACUGCAAGCGCGAGUAGCUGCUCCGCCGGCGCCGCCUCCCCCGCCUGGUAUAUUUGGUCCAUAUGCUGCUUCUGCUCUUCCAUCAUCUGCUGCGCCUGCUCCCCCUCCUGCUAGUGGAGCAGGACGCGUUACCACUUUUGGUUCAUCAUCUGGAAGUGCCACGCAGACCUCGACACCCUCCAAAUUCUCGUUAUUUGGAUCAAGCUCGUUGCAAGCUCCGCCUCCCCCGCCUCCCCCGCCUCCCCCUGCUCGUGGAGCAGGGCGCGUUACCACUUUUGGCUCACCGUCUGGAGGUGCCACGCAAACCUCGACACCCUCCGAAUUCUCGUUAUUUGGCUCGAGCCCGUCGCAAGCCCCAACGUUGUUUGGUGCUGUCCAGAAUCAAUCCUUCUCCGCUCCGUCUCCGUCUCUCUCCACCUCGUCUUCGCUCUUCUCCGCCCCUCCCGUGACCCACCUUCAGUCCAUUCCAUGUGGUUUCAUGCCACAAGCUAUGGGUCGUCUCACUGGAGCCGCCCCUGUCCCUCCUGCCGUUAGCGAAGAAGAAAGGUCGCUCGACGAGUCCUCGCUGUCGACAGAAGACAAGGUGCUCAAGCUGGUCCGUCUCCAGUCCUUCGACGGAUCGUUCUCGCCCACUGUGUCGCUCGAGAAUCUCGUCGGCAAGACUUGUCUCGCGGAGGCGACGCGCCUGCAGAUCGACCAGAAGGUCUGGGCGACGGUGCUCGCGGUCGCUUUCCUCAAGAAAUACAUGAAGGACCAGCCGGAGCUCCUCGACGGCCUGGUUGAGAAGGCUAUGGACUACCUCUCCGAAACUUCAGGCGUCGACAUCGACGCGCUGCUGACCCAGGCCGAAAAUUUUGUUGUUUAAGGUCGGCCUGUAUGGUGGGAUUCGGGUUAAGUUUGGAUAUCGGGACUUUAGUGGGUAUUUUUCAGGGCAGAAAUAGUGAACGUACAUUGUUGUACAUCAGAUACACGAGGCAAAUUCGUAGUAUUCUUCAGGUAGGAGUAGUGAGCGUUAUUGUACAAAUCAGAUACACGGGACAAAUUAUUCUUUGGGGUAGAAGUAGUGAACAUACAUUGUUGUACAUCAGAUACACGAGACAAAUUUGAAGAUUUUUUGCU